GCCAAUCACGUACUGAGGCUUCAAAUGUUACUUUGUUGGUCGGGACUGUUUUGAUGCAGUUGGCAAAAAUGUGAGAGGGGACGUUUGGUUGUAAGAACAUCGUCAGAAGCGUGGAUUUUUACCAUUGUCGUGUGUUUCCCGGUCAGGACGAGCCGAAAUGGGCGCCCUGGUCCCAUCACCCCACACAGGGUUCUAGCGGUGACAACAGCUGCUCCAUCCUGGCACCACACAAGAACCCGAACCGUGGCUAUUUUUCUUUUCUAUGACACACCCAAUUUAUGCCCAGCUAGAUUCGGUGGAAUCGCUCUUGGACGAACUCCCAUAUAUGUUUUAUCUGGGCCUGUUCUUUGUGAACGUCCUGAUCCUCUACUAUGCCUUUCUGAUGGAGUACAUCGUCCUGAAUGUGGGGAUAGUGUUCCUACCUGAGGACAUGGACCAGGCGCUGGUGGACCUUGGGGUGCUGUCCGACCCGGCCUCUGUCCCCUACGACACGGACACGGAGCUGGAUGUGUUUGAGGGAUAUCUGGAGUGACAAGGUGGUGCUGAAGGAUGAAAAGAACGUUCAGGAAGGUGAUGAUGAGGAUGCAGAGGUCUGGUGGGAACUGUCCCUGGUCAGCGAUGAUGAGAAGAAAUGUCUCAAAGUGGAUGUUGGUGCAGCCUUUUCCUCACAGAGACAUAUCAGUCAAAAAGUUGUCUCGGCUUAAAGGAAGGUAGCCUGAGAGAGAGAUUCAACACCACCAUCCACAUGAUCAAUGACUGUCCCAUGAAUGAAGCACUUGCACUGGAUCAGCUGUCAGCGUGUUGCCAGUCAAACAGCAGUUGACUCUGAGUGGACACCAGGAGGUUUAAACCGGCAUCUGUGAGACAUGCUUUGGACACUGCAGCAUUGAGAGAUGAAAAGGAAGCACAAUGUGCUGCAGGAGGAGAGGAGAGAGACAGCUGUUCCCUUUGGAAGAAGAGUUAAUGCUAUCAGAGAUGUGGAGCCUGUUUCAUGUCAUUCACACACAGCAGCCUGGCAUUUACACUGAAUAAUUAUCUUCGCUAUGCAGGACCUGGUAGUUAAUUCUACAAGCAAAUGAGUUGAAUUUUGCCGCUUGAGUCACAGUGUGAUGUCCUACACAGUGAGACAUCUCAGAAAAACUGGCAAAGUGCAGGAAAACAGUGUCCAUUGUCAACCUGUUGUAUACUUAAUCACUCACAGAGCAACUUGUUUUAACAGUUUGUCUUUUAGUUCUGAAUACAGAAUCUGUUUUGCAUUCUUGAGGCUUAAUUUAAUCAUCAAUAGUGUUUCUCUGCAUCAGGGAUGUACCCUCUCAGGAGCACAGUUAGGAACUCUGGGCAACCUGACAAGACAUAACACUGACACUGGAUGUAGGCUGUGAAGAAACAUUAAAGUAUCCAGGAACAGAUAUUUCUUUGAUACAGUAUGUCUCUGUUUAAUCUAUGUCUGCAUUAACAAUUAGAAAAUGAAAAUUUAGCUUUCCACAAAAGUUAACAAGAGUAGAUUAAAUAUGAUGACGCAUCAAAUGUCAUGAAAGAGAACCUCAAAAAAGUGUUUUACAUUUUGCCGCAUCAUUCUGUUGCACACUUUUGUUUUUAUGACUUGGAGAGACAUAGACCAGACUCAAUGCAUGAUAUAAACUGUGUUUUUAAAUGAUUUGGUUUAGUUGUCAGAGUUCUGUUUUAUUGUGCUUCCUGCUGUUUAUAUUGUUACAGAUUUAAAAUCCUUUUCAUUAAAUGUACAUUCUUGACAGCAAUAAUAAACUGGAUUCAAGCAGUGGGACAGUUUGAUAGCUAUACCAAUGAGAUCGUUCACAGAAUUGGGUAAAUAUUUCAUCCGUGUACUUGCAUUCAUGGAUGGGUGGAAGGGUACAGUCUGCAAAGGGAUAGUAAAGAUUUAUGAGACAUUUGUAUACUUUGAAAAUGCUGUAUAUCUGUGGAGAGCACUUAGAGCCCAGCUAAUUAACUAAAUAUUGAUUUUUGAGGCAAUACAGAAGAACCAGUAUUUUCUUAUACAGAAACUGUCUGAUUAAAUCCGCACAUCUUGCAUGAUGAUCAUUACACUGUGGUGGUUGUCAACUAAAUACCUGAAGCCAUAGAUACAGAUAACAUUUCAAAAUCUUUGUACAUGCAUGUUUCACCCUCUAAACAAGCUUUAGUGCAGAAUUUCAUCGUUGUUACUGAACAAACAGUACAAUCUGCUAGACGGCUUCUCACCAAGAUGGCUCUGCUUUACUGCACUGACUGUUCAGAUGUCAUUUCGAGCAACACUUUGCCUCAUCAGCUCAAAUGGUUUGCUUAAUAUAGCCAGAUAAUUAUCCACAGCCACACCGAGUAUUGAAGGCAAAUGAAAAAGUCGUGUUGGAUUGAGUACAUAACGGCCAUGCAAGUUUCUUUUUUUUUUUUUACAUCUAUAUUCUUGAGUGAAUAUAGAUGUAAAAAAAAAAAAGAAACUUGCAUCUUAUAACACUGUUCAACCAAUGUGAAGCAUUGACAGCUGAGACCAAAUUCUGUCUUGUUUUUCGGAUUAAGGCUGCCACUGAGCAAUAUUUUGUUUAGAGUUGUUUGUAUAAAUCAGUUUAUCUGGAUUUUCAUAUUUUGGAAUUGUAGAACCCACAGGAUGCUAAAACUCAGGAUGCUAAUAUUUAUUAAAUAUUGUAAAAUAUGUUUGUAUGGACAUUGAUCACAAAGUAAUUCAAUCAAUACCAGCUAAGGGCUUUGUGUAGAUAAACACUAAAUAGUUAAUCAGUAUUUGUUCAUGCUGGAAAUAUGUUUUUUUAACUACAGGUCAAUACCAUUUUAACAAGUUGAGCAAUUCAAGUACAAAAAUCGCUCCUCACAACGAGAAAUCGGUGGCAAGUAAAGCUAUUUCAUGGGGAAGCUCCAAGUUUUAUGCGAAACUGGUUGUAAGUCAGUGGUGUUAGUGGUUGGUUGAUACCACACUGUGCUGGUCAGCGUCUGAUCAGUUCUGCUCACGAAAUCGUCAACACACAACCUAAACGCAUUGUCAUCCCGCCACAUCUGCCUCUUUGCCGACACGCACACGCUGUAAUAAGCUAUGGAUCGCCACAGAGUUUUAUUUUCCAAUGUGUAUUUAAUAAACUUUGAGUGAAUGCCA